CCGAAGUAUCUUGCUCUCUAUAAUAAAUCUCGUCCCAGUGGUUACGAGCUGGUGCAAUCGUUGGAAAGCGUGCUUAUCUGGAGAGAAUAUUCAACGCUCACAACCUCAGCACGCUCCAGGAGCCAACAUGCCUCUCGCGCUGGAUCCUGAGUUCGCCAAAGUGCUGGAGCCCUUGCUCCCAGCGAUGGCCAAUGCGCCAAAAUUGGCUGUAGGAGAUGUCGCAGGGAGGCGUCAGGCAUUGGACGCCUUCUUCGGUCCGGUGUUUGGUGCAUAUCUUGACCCAGAAGAUGUCGCGGAGGAGAAAUACAAUGUCAAAUCCAGCGACGGCUUCGAAGUCCCGGUCUACCGCUUCACGAAGAAGGGCACGCCGACCACCGGCUCGGACCCUGCUGUCUAUUACCUGCACGGUGGAGGCUACAUCGCCCUGGACGUGCCAUUGUACCGCAAAAAGAUCAAGGACCUCGUCUCACGCUCCGGAGUCCAGAUAUUUGCUCCCGAUUACAGAUAUGCACCGGAGUCACCCUACCCGAUCCCAAUUGAAGAUGCCUGGGCCGGGCUGCAGGAUCUGAGCCUGAACGCAAAGAAGUAUGGCAUAGACCCUUCUCGGAUCGCGAUCAUGGGCGACAGUGGUGGCGGCGGUCUUGCUGCGGGCCUUGGGCUGAAGGCGAGAGACGAAGCUUUAACCCCACCACUAGCGAAGCAGAUCCUGGUCUAUCCCAUGGUAGAAGACAGAAACAUCAAACCAAUCAAGGCGCUCGAGCCGUUUGCGACAUGGACGAUCGAUGACAACGCCACAGGCUGGCAAGCAUAUCUGAGCGGCAAGGCGGGUACAUCAGAUGUUCCAUAUUACGCUGCGGCAGCACGAGUACCAUCGGUCGAAGGCCUACCGCCAACUUACAUUGAUGUGGGAGAUCUGGACAUCUUCCGCGACGAAGACAUCGAAUAUGCACGCCGCCUCGCAGCCGCCAAUAUCCAUACCGAACUCCAUGUAUACCCAGGCGUGCCACACGGAUUCGAUCUGAUUGCCUCCAACAUCUCCGUCACCACCUACGCCAUGGCCAACCGAAUCAAAGCUAUGAAGUCAAUUUGAUGGAAUCUGGUACAGAUGAAUGAGAUGAACAUCGGCGGACACGUAGAAUUAUGUACGCAGGACAAACUGAAUGACCUAUUCUCCUGAGCCACCCACGAAAC